GUUGUCAGAGACGCUUAGAAGAAACGGCGGAACAGUGUUUAUAAAUAAAGCGGCGCUGCAGAGAGACAUUGAUUGUGAUCGUGGAUUAUUUUCAUAUUCCCGAGAUUUGUUUGCAUGCGUUGUGUGCCAAUCUAACAUGGAAAUCCGCCUAGUUAUACAGAGUCAUUAAACUUAAUCAUUAGUGUUUCCUAAUGAAACUAAAUGAAGUCCACGAUUUUCUCAACCACCACUUUAUUACAGCAAAUUAUCCAAUAGAUCUGACUAUGAUAAAAUAUGACCAGUAUAACACACGCAUCCUGGCCCAGUAGCUUGGAAAUAUUCCUCACCUGAUCUGUGAAAUGAAACUAAACCCUGAGGAUAAGGAUUCUAAAUCUCCUCCUGGAUCUACACUAUAAGGCGGAGGAAUGGAGUGGCAGGGUGACUCUCCACAUGACCAUGCCUUCGUGGAGCUGCCGGUGCCGAGCAUGCUGAGUAUAUCGGGCGAGGCGGACCUCCAGGUCCUGAUCCGCGAAACGGAGGAGAAGCUGAAACUCAACGCCUGCAGUAUUGAGCAGAACCUGUGCGAACUGCAGACUAAGAUGAGCGAGGCCUGGGCUGCGGAAAAGGUCUCCAGUCCUACAGAAUGCCUAAAGUGGUUCAGUCAGAGUAAUUUGAGUUUGCUGAAACCGGUCUCGACUGGUAAAGAGGAGCUUCUGGAUUUCCUCAAAGGGCUGCAACACGUUCUGAAGACAGAGGAGGCUUCCACAGAGGCAGUUCUCCAGCUGCUGUUGAACAUCUCCUCUCAAUGCGGAGUGGCGUUCCCCACCACUAACUCGUUAUCUGAACUGAGCAAGACGUCCAUGGCUCCCUUUUGCUCUGUUCAAGAUGACACUGCUCUGGGGGUCCAAGAAACCUGGGAUGACAUCCGACUCUUGUUGCGGCGCCACCUGCUCGACAAGUUAUCCACGGACUGCUCUGGAGUCCCUCAAAGAGCAGCAUUUCUCGUGCAGCAGCUCUGCUUCCUGUACACUGAAACCGAGGUUCUGGAGAAGUACCAGGCCCUCCGGAGCAAAACGGUUCUGGGGCUUCUCAGGAAAAACCAAAUACGAUGUCCAGAUGGAGAAAGCGGCUUUCAAAGGUUGGCUGCGGGAUUCCAGGCUGUCUGUCCUGCCUUCUGUGACAUGCUGGCCGAGGACAUUCACGUCCUGAGUGGCAUGUUCGAGCCACAUUGCAUUCUGUGCUUUGUCAACCAGGCCUACCUGUGGACGCUGGCAAAGGAGCUGGGUUUGCUUCUGGAGAAGGAGAUGGAGGUGUUGAGGGACAGCAGUGCACCAGGAGGAAAGGGAAGGAGGAGCUUGAGUAAGAAGGCAGCAGUAGCUCCUCAAGACGACCCUCAAAUAAGCAGGAACCUUUUCCUGACCUCUGAGCAGCUGAGAGGCCUUGCCCAACUGGCCACCAUAAUGCUGCAGCUGGAGCGCCGAGUGGAUGAUCUGGUAUCUGAACUGGGUUUCCUCAACUGUUCUGGAGAGUCAUGUAUUGUUAAAGGGAACCUAAAGAAAGUGGAUGUGGAGAUGUCUGCACUGGAUGGUAAAGGCACACCUGACCUUCUUUUACAGAGUACUGAGGUGGUGUGUCUGGAGUUUGAGUGGAGGGCAGCAUUUCGGGAGCUGGUUUCUCAUAUGGUCCAGGGUGUAAAGACAUUUCUAAACGAUGUCUGCAGUAAACAUUUGCAGCAAGAAGAGAGGAUGCAUAGCACUUCAUCAACUCUCUUCCAUCUAGCCUGUGUUUCUCUUAGACAGGAAGUUGAACUCUGUACCGAGAGAGACAUGCCCACAAUGGUCGCUAAGUUCUGUAUGGAUAUGAUGGAGGACUUAGAUGCUUUCCUUCCAUUGGCUGUGGUGUGUAAAGAAGACACUCUGUUCCCUGUGUGCUCCUGCUACAUAGAUGUAUGUGGCAAGGUGAGCUCAGCCCUCCUGACCAGGCUGGAAGAAAGAGCAAAGGAGGUUCCUCAUUCUUCACCCCUCAACAACCUUCCCAUCAUACUGGCUUCCAGCACCUUCAUCCACCACAGGCUGACUUACUACGAGAGCCAGCUAGCAGACACUACUCGUAUGCCUCUGAUUCUGCUGCCCAUCCAGAGGAGUCAGGAGGUGACGGAGGCCAUUCACGAGCAUCUGACCAGAUACUGCGUCCAUGUGUGUGCCACCAGCAUACUGCACGAUGCUGAGAGUCACUACUGGGCAGAUGACAAGACGUUUUAUGAGGGUGAAAGGUGUUCCUUUUCUAUCCAGAUGUGGCACUAUUUCCUCUCGGCUUUGCGCAGUGACCUGUGGAGCGCCGUUUCCCCGCUGUUGGCCCGGCAGACCCUGGCGCAGGUGUUGGCGCAGACCCUAGAGCUCCUGCUUCAGCGAUACUCCAGAGCUCAGCCCUCCUACAAAAGACACCCUCAGAUCAGAGUGGACAUCACAGCCAUCCUGCUGUGUGUGGAGCAGCUUUUGUGGUCGGUGUAUGACAGUGUAGACGAGCUUGUCAGAGCAGAAACAUCCGGAUCCUGGGUGUCCAUCAUCCACAGCUUGUGCAAUCAGCUCCUAAAUGUACUCGUCAUCCUUACUGCUCCUCUAACGGACCUCCACAGAACUUUUCAGAAUGGUUUUAGUGAAGAAUCUUCCACACCUCCACCAUGCAAUAUCCAUACUCCCUUUUGGCUAAAUAUCAUCAACCCUGAACUCUUCCCGCUGGAUCUGCUCAGGGGCGAGGAGGAAAGUCAAAUCUCAGCUCUGUGGCUGCUGAACAUAGUGUGCUCAAGACCAGGCUUCUCCCCAGUUCUGCUCCUGCUGGCUAUACUGCAUCAUGACUGCCUCCUGCUGCGCCUGCUCAUCUCCCACUCCUAUCUGUGUUUGGACAGUAAGGUUGAAGUGUCCCCCGAGGCUCAGGAAGCUUCUGCUGAGUUUGUGGAAGCUAUUUUUGCCAUCCUGUCUUCUCUAAACAAUGUCCCCAGGGCUCUUGUGCUAGUGCUUGAGGGCUACCUGGACAGAAGACACCUAUGGGACCACUUUUGCAGUUUAGCAGAUCCAGCCGAAGGCGAGCCUGUGAUUUUUAAGUGUAUCAGAGAGGUCGUCUGCAAACCUAUCAGCAGCCUGUUAGGGCACUUAGUGAGCAUGAUGCAGGCAUGCGAGCAACAUCCUAGCCCACUGCUCAGACAAAACCUCCCUGAAAGUGUUCGAGCCAAGAUUCCUAAAGAGUGGAACUAUACGCCGGAGGAGGCCAAGACGAAAGACAGCAGCAAGAUCGCCAUUAGUCGGACCAUUCAUCAGGCUCUUUCCUUCAUCUUCACCCACCUCCCGUCCUGUGUGACCUCCAUCCCCCUGCCCAUUCGCUUCCUCUUCAACGUGGCUGAGAAGCGCCAGUGCCAGAGUGCCAGACAGCUAAGGCCCAUGGCUCUGCUUAUCCGGGUACUGCUCGGCUUCCUGUGCCAGGGCUUAAAAAAUGGAGAGACCCUUGAGCGGGUGUCUUCUGAGCCCUUGGAGCGAGAGGUCAAAGAGCGCCUGGCACUGCUUUCUGAGUGCCUGCAGGUGAACCUGGGCCUGGAGAAGGGCAAGCCGAAACCCAUCGUGCAUAAGCUUCUGCAGAGUCUGGAGGAGAAAAGGCCUAAAUGGAGCUCUAUGCAGCUGCAGAAAGCACAGAAGCUCUGCAGUGAGAGCAUAUUUGAGCGUGUGGAGAGUGGCCUGGUGCAGGAUAGAGGUGGACCCAGUGAACCGGCCGAGCAGAAAAUGUGUGCUGUGCUGCUGGCACUCUGCCAGCGAGCAGGUGGUAUUCAGAACCUGCGGCAGAUCCAUCACACCAUCCAGCUCAAUGAGGGCUUGUUAAGGUCCAAGAUAGCUUCUGCCAUAGACGGUACAUCUUCUCCCGAGGGACAAGCGUCUGUCCUGUUCUUCUCAGCAGCGAAUGUGCCGAACAGUCCGCCCCACUUCAACCCGCUCUUUCACUUUGACCACAUCGGCCGCGCAAAAUUUGAUCAGUCAGCUAUGAGCACGAGAGAGUGGGAUUGGACCCAAGUGCUGUCGGCUUACCAGAGAAUGAGUCAGGUGACCUUCACAAAUCUGCUGGCUAACAGGUGGGAGAUGCAGGACGGCGCACCACUUGAAGAUGAGGAAAAGAUUUUAGUGGAUCACUUAAAGAAAACAUAUUUGAAUGGAGCUCUGGGAUCUUGUGCAGAAACCACAAAAUGACUGAAAUGCUUUUUUUUUUUUUUUUUUACUUUGGAUAUUAAAAGUAUUAUUUCUUUGUACAUUGACAUGUGAGACACUGAGAUUUUGUUAUAGUUUUAUGUUGUUGAGAAUGGGUUCUUGUAUUAGGCUAGAUGUUAUGCUCUGCUCACACACACACACACACACACACGCACGCACACACAAAUGUAUGCAGGUUACAUUUGAUUUACAUUUUUCCUUUGGAAGCUGUUUUCUGGUUGUGCAUUUAUAAUAAAAGUUGCAUCAAA